GAAGUAAGAAAAAUACUAUGACCAUCCAUCCCGCAUCUCCCGCACUCCCUCGAUCCCACCUCCUGCACUCCGACCCAUUGUCCCCCACCAUCAGCCCCCAGAACCGCCGCCGCCGUCGCAUCAAACCCGCGCGCCACUCCGCGGGCCGGGAUCCAGCCCCCGAGCCUCCCCACUCCUGGAUCCGGCCGCCUCGCUGCUCCUGUGCCUGAGCCGGCCCCCGCACUGCCCCACUCCUGGAUCCGGCCACCUUCCCACCUUGCUCCCCCGGCAGCACCCGCCUCAGGCCGACGGCGCGAGGAGGCCGAGCUCGGCCGUGCUCGCCACCUCGGUGGCUCACCCCGCCCCAGCCACCUCCGCCCUUGCCUCCAACCACCGUCCCGACCACCUCCACCACCGCCCUCUGCCCCGACCACCUCCCUUCCACCCGCCCCCAACUUCCCCUCUGGCGUGACCUUCCCAGCACUCCGCCGCGACCUUCCCUCCCCUCCGACGCGGCCUGCCCUCCGCCCAUGUUUCUUGCACCGUGUUGUUGUCCCCACACGCAAAUCGAGCCAUGGCCGGCGAGAUCCAUCAUGGCUCCCCUGCAGCAGCUAUUUUUCCAUAUGUAGUGGUUGCAAAAUAUCUACUAUCCCUAGUUUACCAACUAGUGCUAUCGGCCUCUGCAGCAAAACCUGAACCAUCUUCUCUUGAAUUCCUCCAGCCUAACACACCCGUGAGAUCGCCUGACUACAACAACAACGUGCAAGGGACCCUCACCAUGGGUGUUGCGGACGAGUACGUGGGCGCCGUCAUCGGCUAUGCCGGGAGGACCAUACGUGAGAUCGAACGGGUUACGGGCGUGCAGAUCAGUAUCUCUAAGGGGGAGCUCAAAGCUGGGACGAGCGAGAGGGAGGUGGUGAUCAGUGGGACACGGGAGGCGGUCGAUGUGGCAGAGGUGAUGAUCGUGCAGCGGGUCUCGGACGCCGCCAAUAGUCGCCGCCGGUAGCAGGGUGGCGGUGGUGUUGACAGGCGGCCUGUCAAGGAAGUGGAGUAGUAGCAGCAGUAGCGGUGAUACAACAGAGCAAAGCGGAGCAGAGCAUAGUACUGAAUUACUACUGAUGGUGGUAGUAGGGCAGGAGAUGUCCCAAGUUUUUUGGUCCCUUGCGUGCGUCGUCGGAGCAAUUUAUUAGCAAGAAUUGCUUACUUGGGAGGGGAAGGCAUGGUGCAAUUACUGAUGGCUGCACGGUUAGUUCUGGUUUUGGUCAAUGUUGCUUCCAUGUUUGACUACUAGUGUAUCCGUGCCUUGUGUUUCGGUGAGAGGAUGGAUGGAUGAUUCCUCUGGGUUUGAUUGAUCCAACCCAAGAGGAGAGGACUUCUGAAAAUGGAAGGCCGAAGCAAAGUUGUUUUUUACUGCACACAAACUUGGAUGAUCUGAUCAGAUCAGAUCAGACUUCCACUGUGGAGCAUGCUGCAACUUUCGUUUAGUUCUGAGACUCUAAUUUUGUCAGUUUA